AUGGCCAAGUUCUGCGCUGAGUGCGGCGCCAAGAGCACGGGCGGCAAGUUCUGCUCCGAGUGCGGCACGCGCUACACCGACGACGACGGCGCGGCCUCCGCCUCCGCUGCCCCCUCCGCCUCCUUCGUCGCCCCCGCCGCCUACCAAGGCGCCGCCACAGCCGUAGCCAGCGCCUUCCGCAGCGAGAACUCGCCCUACGGAGGCAACUCGUACCAGCACGACCCGCGCGGCAGCUUCAACUCGCAGCCGCCUCCUCCGCCCCCCGUGGCGCAGUACGCGCAGCAGGCGCAGCCCUACGUGCGCAAGUCGGUGCCCAGCGCCUUCCGCAACAGCUUCAACCGCAGCAGCAGCAACAGCAGCUCCAGCGCCAACUCGCCCCCCGCCGCCAUCCCCGUGGCCGCCGUGUCCGACCCCGUCCCACCCGCAGCCACUGGAGCUGAGGCGCAGCAGUACUACGACAAGUGCGUGACCACCAUCCGCGCCUCGAAAGGAGGCAACAACGAGCGCGGCGUCAAGGAGUUCAAGCAGAACUGCCGCCGCUACGGACUGCGCGAGAUGGACGUGCAGUCCUUCUACGCGUCGCUGGUGGCGGAGCUCGGAGCUGAAGGGACGAGGAGCUUCGUCCCCACGCUGGCGAGACUCGUGCCCGAUGACGACAGACGCAAGGAGCUCGUGGACUACAACGCGCAGCAGCGAGCAGCGGCGUUCGGAGGCAGCGGUGGAAGACCGUCAGCGUUCUCCAACAGGAACUCGAGCAUGGCGGACUCGUUCCGCAGCGACUCGACUAUGAGCGCCAACAACGGGGCGCAGAGCAAGGGGAUCCUGAACAACCGCUACGCCGACCACCCCAACUGCGACGUGUGCAACGUGCGCUUCGACGUAACCAAGCGCCGACACCAAUGCCGUAUGUGCGGGCUUUUCAUCUGCAGCUCGUGCUCUCCCGUGCGACUGCUGGUUCCGCCCGGAAAGCAGAUUGACGGAGCCAAGAAUUACGACCCGUCAGUCCCACAGCGCGUGUGCAUCCAGUGCGCCCCAGAGCUUCACCCACUUCAAGAUGAGUUGGUGGCUACCUACGCGCAGUCACAGACCGACAACAUCCACGAGGCCCGCGGCCGGUUCCACGUGCCGUUCUCCAGCUCGCUGAACAAGGAGUGCUGCAACGCGGCGGACAUCAUCGGCAACUUCUUCCGUAAUGACUGGGGCGCGUCCGCCGACCGUUCCAUCCCCGUUGCGUUCUUGCAGAAGGCACAUGGUCUUGCAGUUAUGACUGUGCUCAAGGCUGGUUUCCUUGUCUCAGGCAAGAUCGGCACGGGUCUGGUUGUGGCCAAGCUUCCAGACGGAUCGUGGUCAGCUCCAUCGGCUAUUGGCACCUUCGGACUCAGCGGCGGGUUUGAGCUCGGAGGAGAACUGGUGGAGGUCAUGAUUAUCCUCGGGUCAGAGGGAGCGGUCAAGGUGUUCCACAAGCCUCAGGUGAACCUCGGCGCUGGACUGGAUGUGGCCGUUGGCCCGUACGGUCGAUCAGCGCAAGCAGCUGCCGCCGCCAGCACGAGUGGGCUCAACGCCAACUACAGCUAUUCGCAGAGCAAGGGACUGUUUGCCGGCAUUUCCCUGCAGGGAGCCAUCCUGGCUGCGCGUUCGGACCUGAACCGGAAGUUCUACGGACGUGACUUGCAGCCCAGCGAACUGCUCAGUGGAUUUGUGGAGCAGCCAGCAGCGGCGCGUCCAUUGUACGAGGCGAUCGACAAUGCGAUGCGAGGAAUCGAGGACCACAAGGAAGAGCAACAGCGCCGCUCGUCCGUAAUGGGGGCGUGCAGACUCUGCAACUGCCCUAUGUUCCAGGCCCACACGACCCAGAUCUGGAACAAGAAGUGCAAAACGUGCAACCACGCUCAUUAA